AUGGAUCCACCUGGUCAAAUUAGCCUUCUGGCUACUAUCGCGAUCUUCACAUGCUGGCUUCGUGGAGGACACGCACGAUUGAUACCAGAGGACGCGCAUGUGAACAAACAGGCACCCGUGAGCAAGGGGACACUGAAAGAUUUUAAUAUAGUCCGGGUUAUUAGCGUGCCCGUUGACUGGGAUCUAAAACAACUGCGGUCCUUCCUAACGGCUAUAGUGAUCGUCCAGGACCUCCUGCUCUCCCCGGAGAGUUACCAGAGCAAGCGCAUAUUAUUACCCAAGCCUAUAGAUAACCAACUCACCGGCGACCAAUACUUAAUACUUAACAAGGCCUUUCUUGGUAUUACCACACUCUAUACACUACCACCUAAUGCCCACAAGAUCGAGUGA